UCUGUCUAUAAGACAAUGGCAGCAGUAGCUGCAAUCAUCCCCCUGUGCACCAUGAAGGGGUCAUACUUCCUGCUACUGCUCCCUGCAGCGGUGCUGCUUGGUGGCGCUGCCCCAGCCAUUGAGACGGUACCAUGCACCCAGGAAGGUGCUGCUGCAGCGGCUCAACUAGCAAUACGAGACAUCAAUCAAAACCAUCGUCAUGGCUACAAGUUCCGACUCAAAGAGAUGAAGGGCAGCAACAUGGAAAAGGUUGGUGAGGGCUGUGACUUUGAGUUGCAGUUGGAACUUCUAGAGACAAAGUGCCAUGUUGUGAAUCCCAAAGACUUUGAAAACUGUCCUUUCCGUGGAGAAGCUCUUCGGGAGGUGAAAGCCAACUGUACCGUCUCAGUUACUGCCAAGGAUGGAGAUGCCAAUGUCACCAAGUAUGAAUGCGAAACACGACAAGUGAAAACCAAUACAGAGAUGGUUCAGAUCUGUCCUGAUUGUGUUACAUUGCUCCCUCUUAAUAACACGGAGGGUCUCAAGUGUGUUGUUGAAGCUGUGAAGAAGUUCAACACGAACACCACCAACAAACGCUACUACAUCCUGAAAGAAGUUGGACGGAUAAGCACUGGGUUCAUGAUGACUAAAGGGAUGAACUACUACACUGAGUUUGCCCUUGUAGAGACUCAAUGUCCAAUGGGAUCCAGGAUUGUUCCUGAGGCUUGUAUCCCUCUCUGCCCUGACAGAGCUCAUCACGCAUUCUGCACUUCAUCCUGUUCCAGCACAGAUGGACUGGAGUCCACUGAGUGUGAAUUUUAUCCACCAUUGAACACAACUGAACUUGCACCUGGUGAACAGGAGCCCAUGUGUAGACACCAUCACCGUCAUCACCAUCAUAGACCCCCACAUGGGCAUGGACCCCCACCCCAUGCUCAUAAUCACAGUCAUGGACCCCCACCCCAUGCUCAUAAUCACGGUCAUGGACCCCCACCCAAAGAUCGUGAUCAUGAACAUGAUGGGUCUCCAUUGCAAGAUCAGGAUCAUGGACAUAGGCCUCCAUCCAGAGAUCAAGAGCAUGGACAUGGGCCUCCAUCCAGAGAUCGAGAGCAUGGACAUGGGCCUCCAUCCAGAGAUCGGAAGCAUGGACAUGGGCCUCCAUCCCAAGAUCAGGUUCACGGACAUGGGCCUCAAUCCAAAGAUCGGGAUUGUACACAUGGGCCCCCAUCCAAAGAUUGGAAACCUGAAUAUGGACAUGGGCCACAAAUACCUUGCAGCCACAGACCCCACUUUGUUCGUCCCUGCCAUGGAUUCCUGAGCUACAUUGACCCAGCUCUUCACCCCAUAUGUCCUUUUCGUGAACACCACAAACAAAAACUAAGUCAGUCAUGAGUUCCACAAACUGUAAUUUAAGUGAACCAUUACUAUUUGGUUUUCCUCUAAAGCUUCUGCAGCAAUAAAAGCCUACUUACUGCUGAAUUAAAAAUAAAUUGAAGGCGUUGCUCUGUCAUAAAA